AUGAAUAUCAAUCGAAGCUUAUUGAAAUUUUUAAAUAAAGCAAAUCCUUUAAGUGAGAACUUUAAUACAUUUACAUCAUCAACAAAUGAAUCCAUCGAGAAUAAUCGAUUAUUUAAUUUUGCUAUGCGACAAGCGUCGUCUAUGGAUGAAGCAACCGAUACUGAAAUGAAACAAAUUUCACUCGUAGAAGAUCAGCUACUGGUCUUACUCUCUCGAAUAUUGAUUCAAAACAACUGGUUGAUACAAAUGAAACGAUAA